AUGAGUCUCCCCACACCAAUAUGUCGGCGAAAGAUCACUGUAGAAAUGAAAGAGGCUGCUAAGUCCAACGACAAGUACAUCAUCAUGAAAUUUGAUCCCCAAAACAUAUUGAAUUGUUACUACGUAUUCAUUGGUCCAGAAGAGACACCCUUUGAAGGUGGAAUGUAUUUUGGAAAAGUUGUUAUCCCAACUGACUACCCAUUCAGACCUCCUUCACUUCUUAUGUAUACCCCUUCAGGGCGCUUCGCGGUCGAUACGAGAAUUUGCAUCUCUAUUAGUGAUUUCCAUCCCGAAACGUGGAACCCGGCUUAUAACAUCUCGUCAGUACUUACAGGGUUGUUGUCGUUCAUGACCUCAAACGAAACAGGGACGGGUUCUUUCAACGACCCACCACAAAAGCAGAGAGCUUAUGCAAAGGCAUCAAUGGAGUGGAACGCCAAAAACACACUCUUCGCGAAGUUUUUCCCCGAGUUUUUGUGA